GGGCGGCCGAGGGCUUCGGCGACGCGGAGGGAGGGAGCCGCCGGGCCGCGCGGGAGCCGCAGGAGUCCCUCGGCGUCCGCAGAGACGAUGGCGGAGGAAGAAGGACCAACUGUAGAACUGCGCCACAGAAAAAAGCCAAAGUCUUCAGAAAAUAAGGAUCCUGCCAAAGAAGAGAAAGUCAGUGACACCCCAAUUCCUGAAAGAACUCCAAAACAUGUGUUAUUUCAACGCUUUGCAAAGAUUUUCAUUGGCUGUCUUGCAGCAAUUACUAGUGGCAUGAUGUAUGCUCUCUACUUAUCAGCAUACCAUGAAAGGAAAUUCUGGUUUUCCAACAGGCAGGAACUUGAACGGGAAAUCACUUUUCAAGGUGACAGUGCCAUUUAUUACUCUUACUAUAAAGAUAUGUUAAAGGCGCCUUCAUUUGAAAGAGGUGUUUAUGAAUUGACACACAAUAACAAAACUGUGUCUCUGAAAACUAUAAAUGCAGUGCAACAAAUGUCGCUGUAUCCAGAACUUAUUGCCAGUGUUUUAUAUCAAGCAACUGGCAGCAAUGAGAUUAUUGAACCAGUGUAUUUCUAUAUUGGCAUUGUCUUUGGAUUGCAGGGAAUUUAUGUUACUGCUUUAUUUGUUACAAGUUGGCUUAUGAGUGGAACAUGGCUGGCAGGAAUGCUUACUGUUGCCUGGUUCAUUAUUAACAGGGUAGAUACAACAAGAAUUGAAUACUCCAUUCCUUUAAGAGAAAACUGGGCACUACCAUAUUUUGCAUGCCAAGUUGCUGCACUUACAGGCUAUUUAAAAAGCAACUUAAAUACUUAUGCAGAGAGGUUUUGCUAUUUGUUGAUGAGUGCCUCAACUUACACAUUUGUGAUGAUGUGGGAAUACAGCCACUAUCUCCUGUUUCUUCAAGCAGUGUCUCUUUUCCUGCUUGAUGUCUUUUCACUGGAACAGAGUGACAAGGUUCAUGAAGUUUAUAAAAUCUACAUAUUUUCUCUCUUUCUGGGAUAUUUACUACAAUUUGAGAAUCCAGCUUUAUUGGUGUCUCCUUUAUUAAGUUUAGUAACAGCCUUAAUGCUCACUAAGUGCCUUCAGUUGAAUAUGAAGAAAGGAACUUUCAUAGCCAAAAUAAUGAAAGUGAUUAAUUUUUACUUGGUGUGUGCUCUGACUGUGACAUUGAAUGUUUUAAUGAAGAUGUUUGUCCCACACAAAGAAAAUGGGCAUAUGCUGAAAUUCCUUGAAGUAAAAUUUGGACUAAAUAUGACUAAGAAUUUUACAAUGAAUUGGCUUCUCUGUCAAGAAUCCCUGCAGACACCAUCUCAAGAUUUUUUUUUGCGACUAACACAGUCUUCUUUAUUACCUUUCUAUAUUUUAGUGUUAACUAUUUGUCUUCUUUCUAUGAUGCAAGUUAUUUUUAGGAGAAUUAAUGGUAAGUCUGUGAAAGAAAGUAUUGCUCUUGAAGAUGGACGAAUUGGAGAAAGGCCAGAAGUAAUUUAUCACAUAAUUCAUACUGUUUUAUUGGGUUCUCUUGCAAUGGUUAUAGAAGGUCUGAAGUACAUCUGGACACCUUAUAUGUGCAUGUUGGCAGCAUUUGGCGUGUGUUCUCCUGAACUUUGGAUGACACUUUUCAAGUGGCUGCGAUUAAGAACUGUGCACCCGAUAUUGUUGGCUCUUAUUCUGAGCAUGGCUGUGCCCACUAUAAUAGGUCUCAGUUUAUGGAAAGAGUUCUUCCCAAGAUUAAUGACAGAAUUAACAGAACUACAGGAAUUCUAUGAUCCAGAUACAGUGGAACUUAUGACCUGGAUAAAAAGGCAAGCUCCACUUGCUGCUGUGUUUGCAGGGAGUCCACAGUUAAUGGGUGCCAUUAAAUUAUGCACUGGGUGGAUGGUGACAAGCUUGCCUGUUUACAAUGAUGACGAUCUUCUUAAGAGAAAUGAAAAUAUCUAUCAAAUCUAUUCAAAACGGUCUGCUGAGGAUAUUUAUAAAAUACUGACAUCCUACAAGGCUAAUUACCUAAUUGUAGAGGAUGCCAUCUGCAAUGAGGUGGGAACAAUGAGAGGCUGUAGGGUUAAAGACUUACUGGAUGUUGCAAAUGGCCAUGUGGUUUGUGAAGAAGGUGACAAGUUAACCCACUCGAAAUAUGGGCGAUUUUGUCAUGAGGUCAAAAUUAACUAUUCUCCAUAUGUGAAUUAUUUCACUAGAGUAUACUGGAACAGAUCCUACUUUGUAUAUAAAAUCAACACUGUGAUAUCCUUCCAGUCUUGAAAAAUAACAGAGCCUUCAUUUCAAAGACUUGCGCUACCUGAAGUAAAAUACGAUUUUCUUCUUACCUACAGUGGUGUCUGUUGCAGAUCAGAGUAUGGACAUUUGAAAUACUGCUGCUUUUUCCCCUGCCUGCUGUUACCUGGAUCCAGAGUUCUGUGGGAAACAGCUCAAGCGUUACUGUCCUUUGGUAAAAUGUCAGAUCUACUACUCUGCAAUUUCCAGACAGGCGUCUUUCUUUCUAUUACAUGGUGUUUCAAGAUUUUAUGUAUUACAGCAUCUUCCACAUAAAUCUUCAUCUUACCAUGAUGUUGAUCUUGAUUUUGAAUAUGUUCAAGAUCAGAGUGUUAUCUCUCAAAUUAAUAGAUACUUAAUGUGCUAUAGUUAUAUAAUAGAAGGAAAGAAUUAUUCUCACCCUCAAAAUUUCUGAAGGUAUGUCAUGGUUUAUAACAACUGAAAAUUCACAAUAAAAACUAAUUUAAAUGUUA